AUGGCAGAUUACGACAGUGAUUCCUCAGAGCAGGAGUUCACCGAGACCAACGUGUUGCUCGGUUACGCCAGCAAAGACGCCGACGAUGACACCAUCAGUCGUCUUGGUGGUCAACCAGAAUGGUUGAACCCCGAACAACCAGCCUCAGCAGCCCUGGCGCGCUGUCAAGUGUGCAACGAGAUCAUGGUCCAGCUUCUCCAACUCAACGGCGAGCUCCCCGAAAAGUUCCCCGGCCACGAGCGCCGCCUGUACGUCUUCGCCUGCCGCAAAUCCACCUGCCGGCGCAAGCAGGGCAGCAUCCGCGCUGUGAGAGGUGUCAAGGUAUCCAAGGAAGCGCAAGCAGCGGCAGCAAAGAAGGCGGAAGCGAAGCCUCAGAAGAAGGUGGAGGAGAAGGAAGAGCCGAAGAAAGACGUCAGCUCGGGACUGGGAACCGCCCUCUUUGGCGGCGGUUCCGGUGCAGCGAACCCAUUCGGAGGCAACGCGAACCCGUUCAGCACGAGUGCCUCUUCAAGCAGCAGCCCCUUUGGCACCGCCGCCCCGUCGAACCCGUUUUCUAACCCCGCCGCCGCUGACGAGCCCACGCAGAAGAAGGAGGAGGCCAAGGACCCGGCCGAGUCCCUCCCCAAAACCUUUGCCGAGACGCUGAACCUCGACAACCCGCAAACGCCUUCCGGACCGCCCCCGCCGCCAGAGCCGUGGCCCGCGGCCGACGCCCUGCCUAAGCCGUACCCGAUUUCCUACCUCGCGGACGCCGAGUUCGAGACGCUCGACCCGGAACCUAUGCCCGUGCCGCAGAACGCGCGGAUGGAGGUGGACACCGAGGGUGGUAGCGGCGCUGGUGGGGGAGGCGACAUGAAGGACGUCUUCGAGUCGUCCAUGGACGCGGCGUUUCAAAAGUUUGCGGACCGCAUGGAGCAGAACCCGGAACAGUGUAUCCGCUACGAGUUCAACGGCACGCCGCUGCUGUACUCCAAGGCGGACGCCGUGGGCGCGAAGCUGGGCGCUGCUGCCGGCAGUGGUGGAAUGACGCGGUGCGGAAACUGUGGUGCCAGGCGCGUGUUUGAGGUGCAGAUGACGCCGCAUGCCAUCACCGAGCUCGAGGCGGAGGAGCUGUCGCUUGAGGGUAUGGACUGGGGUACCAUCAUUGUCGGCGUUUGCGAGGCGGAUUGUCAGCAGCGCGGUGUCGAGGUUGGUGAGGCAGGGUAUCUUGAGGAAUGGUGUGGUGUUCAGUGGGAGGAGCUUUCAAAGCGAUGA